CUGACCUAGCUUUGCAGUUGCACGGUUGAAGAACGAAGAUGAUGUACAGAACAUUGUUGUGUCUCGCCCUGUUCGUGGGCUCUGUGUCGGCCUGGGGAAGCUGGUUCGGCAAGAACAGGGAGACAGAAUGCGGUUCCUUCCGAAACAAAAGGAAGGGCAGGUACUACACUGAUGUUGACAGGCAUCAAGUUCUGGAUGACCUCAAAGCUUUCGACACCAACAAAGAUGGCUACCUCACUUUCGCCGAAAAGAACAACCUAGAAGUUGCAUCCACCUUCGACAGUUCCCUGAAUCUGAAUACUGGAAUCGAUCGUUGCACCUUCGUGAUGUUUGAGAUGAAGCGGUAUGGCAUCAGCAUGGGGGUCGCAGGACGCCUCUUCGACUUAGAAGACGUCAACAAUGACCUCAUCAUCAGCACUGCGGACCAGGAUGUGGCUACCUUCAACCUGCUUGAUAAGGAUGGUGAUGGUCGAGUUCCUGUGUGUGACGUUUUCAAGGCCUUCAUGGCCAGGCUGGCAGAUUUGGAACACAAGGUCAAAGCUGAAGAGGAGAAGUACAGGGAUCUCGUCUUCAAGUUCAGGAAACCCUCUAGCUGGUGGUCCGGCUGGUGGUCCUCCUAAGCGAUGGCAACGGUGGUUUCCUGACCACAAGAUCGACGAACGUGAAGCUUUCUGAAUAAAAUGCUACUUGCUCA